CGUAAAUAUUUGCUGUAAUCCGUAAAUUAGAGCAGUAAUCCAAUAUCUCGAUCAUUGAAGUCGCGGUAGCCUACCUGCUAUAUACAUGUUUUCUCUACCUAUUUCGAAAUAAAUACGCGGGUUCAGCGACAGCAUAAUUUCACGCUGUUUGAUCACCGAAGACGAUUGAUUGAAUUGCAAAGUAAAGCAAAGCAAGGCAAGCAUCAUCGGGCCUUCUCGUUAUUUAGCCCUGCCCCUCAUCGUCAUAAUCGUUCAAUCAAAAAAAAAAACUUUUGACUCUUCACAUUCUACCCAACGAAUCUCGAAAUGGCUGGCAACGGUUCCUCAGAUUUGAUCGACCCGUCCAUUUUCGAGUACCUCAAGGCUCAUGGCGAGGAGGAGCUCGAGGUCGGUGACAAGCUUCACCACAUCACCUCUGCUCUCAAUCGUCACAUCUCAACCUGCCAAGGCUUUCUCAGCCGCAUCCAUUCGACCCCCAGCUCUAAGCUGCUGCCGCUAUUGAAGCAGGUUGAGGAGGAUGGUAUCAAGCCCGAGAUCGAAAGCGUUGGCGAGCUAGCCCAAUUUGCUUCUAACUAUCCUUACUACAAGUACAACAACAGAUGGUCCCGAAGCAUCCAGAAUGUUGUCGGUACCAUCUUAUUAACCGGCUGGUUAGGUGGUUUGGGGACUGAGUCGCGUCCGGGUGAGCUUGGUCGUCUUCUGACUAUCGAAGAGGUUGGGCAGCUUUUGAAAGUACCCGUCAAUCUCAAAGACAGAGAUGCAUUUCACAUUACUAUUGAGGAAUACAUCCUGGCCCUGACAGAUAUCACCGAGGAGCUCAGUCGGCUAGCUAUGAACUCGGUAACAUUAGGUGAUAUCGAUCUGACGGUCAGAAUCAGCAGCUUCAUCAAGGAUUUGUUCGCCGGCUUCCAGCUGCUCAACUUGAAGAACGAUAUAGUUCGAAAGCGAGUUGAUGCUGUCAAGUACCACGUUAAGAAAGUUGAGGAUGUUAUCUACGACCUGUCGCUUCGUAACUUGAUCCCCAAGCAUGAGCCUAGCUCCUGAUUUGACAAUAUGUCAACUUGACUGUCAACUCAAAGUAGUACAGCCAAAUAAUUGGCUACCUACCUAGGCAGUCAUACAUAGUACCUAAUAUGAGCAAUAGGCAAUGCGUUGAUGUUUGAUAAUAACCAUAGUUACAUGAGACUUCAUAACAAUUACCUUAGGUUACCUAGGUAGUAACACGAUUCCCC